AUGACAAAGAACCCGCUGAGCCAACAUGUCGAUGUAUUGAUACCAAAAUCAACUCAAAUUGCUGAACCGAAACAAUUAGAACUAUUCAAAAAUCUUUUUGGCAAGAAAUAUACACCAACGCAACUACAUGAAUCACGAACAACAAAAAAUAUUGAAAGACUCUCUACACCAAAUACAACACAUGAUACAAAAAAUGCGUGUGUUUUUGAGUCGUCUGUUACAAAACCCAUCAAAGAAUUCAUCCACACAGAACAGUCAUAUGUCAACUUACUAGAAGAAAUUGUAUAUAAGAUCAUGAGGCCUAUCAGAGAAUCUAUUGUUGAUCCUGACAAAACACCAAUACUGGAUCAAUAUUCAUUGAACAGAAUUUUUAUUAAUAUGGAAGAUAUUCUCACUGUAAACAAGGCAUUUUUAACGUCAUUGAAAAAGUACGAAAAUGGGGAUUCAAUAAAGACAUUUGGUCAGAUUCUUGUUGAACAUAUGAACAAAUUCGAUUGCUACAGAAUCUUCUUCCUAGGGAAAUCCAAUUCUCUUGCUUGCCAUACGCAAAACAUCAAACAGAAUAAAAACUACUCGAAAUUUCUGAUUAAUAAGGAGUUUAAGGGUAAUCUUGGUAUGAGUGAUGUUCUUAUCCAACCUAUUCAACGCAUGACACGGUACAACUUAUUGUUACAAGUAAUUAUGAACGCUAUGGAUGUCAAUGACCCCGAUAUCAUCAAUCUCAGGGAGGCCAAUUCUAAGGUUUCUAAAAUCAAUGAUAUGCAAUAUGGUGAUUCUUCACUUCUCAAUUUGUACCACUUCAUUCGCGAUGCACCGGCUUCUCUGAUCCAAUCACGUCAGCUGCUUGGUUAUUAUGAUGCAACAGAACUUUCCUUACUCUCAGGAAAAUCUACUCGGCCUGUUACCAUUCUUAUUUUCAGUGACAAAAUUAUGGUCGUAAAAAGAAAAAACUACAACUUGCAAGGCAAAGACUAUUUGGACAAGAUCGAGGAGAAGGUCAAAAAUACUGCAUCCAGUAGCAUGCUACAAAAGGCUAAAGAAGUUUACAAUGGCCUGCCUUUUGAAUUCAAAGGCUGGGCAGAUAUCCGUGCCAUCGAGUUUUUCAAUGGUUUAAAAGACCGCCCUGAUACAUUCUUUAUCAGAAGCUGUCUUCCAGAGCUGCCGCCCAAUGCCACUGAAAAAGAAUGCGAGGACUACUUUCGCAGAAGUGACCGACUUUAUUCCAUUAUUCCCAAUACCAACAAAUUCAGAAGUCUUUCUAUCUACUUGGAAAAGAAACAAGAGUUGAUAAAACUAGGUCAGAAGCAGUGUGCCGUGGCAAAGCUAAAAGACGUGGAUCAUGAUCUAUAUAUCGAAGAAGAUAAACUUAAAUAUCCUGCCUACACACAUAUGUACGAUGAAAACUCUUACAACUUAGCUACCUUUAAAAAUCAUAUCUUGAUGGUUUAUGUCGAUGACAACUGUCCAAAACAUAAAAUACAAUUAAAUCAACUUGUAUCGGAUGAUGUCUGGAUCAUUAUCUUGCUAAAUCAUCAGCAAGCCAUGGGAUACAAAGCAACCAUUCGUGCCAAAACAAAUCUGAUUCCCAUUCGAGAUAUUAGUCGGGAAAUUGAAUUCGAAACCAUCGUUCAUCAUCAAACAUUGAAGAAUAACAAUCAGCCAUUAGACUUCAUUGAUACACUGUGGAAUAACUUAUUUUUUUAUGAACGAAGACUGCGAGCAACAGAAGCCUUUUCACUUAUCAGUGAUGACUUAUUACGUGUAAGAGCACGAUCACGAUCGAGAUCUAAAUCACUUACUCGUGUAGCCAGUAAUAUGAGUAUUGGCAAGCUAUUUUCCCGCUCGAGAUCGUCGUCCCUAUCAAGAAGUUUUCCUAGUGAACGCUACGAUGAUGAUGUACUUGAUCAAGCUAUCAUGGCACAACAAGUUCAAGAUGCUAUAUUUAAAGUGGCUACAGUUCACAAAGAUAUACCUGAUAGUACUUCUGUUACCCUUAAUGCACGACACCGAGCGAGCCCUUCUUCAAUCACUCAAAUACAACCCGUCAAUAGUACAUCAGAUAGCUACCUAAAACAUCGUCGUUCUUCAAAGCCGCCAAAUAUUUAUACGCAACAUCACUCUUCAACCGAGGCUUCAAAUAGAAUGUCUGUGAACAAGGAUCUCAGAGGAGAGUGUGACUAUAUGUACCCAGCCAAAGAAGGAAAUACAGUGCGCGUACAUCCACACGAUGGCUAUGAAGGCUACGAAAUCAACCAGAUUCAUCAUGAUACAUCUGAUAAGCGACCUUACUUAUAUCGUCGUGAUUCUAGCCACUUUAACACUCAGAACAAAAACCUCGACUAUCUGCCGUCCUACCAUCCAACAGAACCAUGCUUACCGCCUCGGCCAUCAAGCGGAGGCAGCAAUACUAGCUCAUCUGCUUCAACAAGCGACAUGAGCAGUUCCGCGGAUUAUUCCGCUUAUUUCUCUCGCUCCUCAACAUCUUUGAAUGACUCUUCCAUUAGCAGCUAUCCAUACAAUUCUCUGAGUAGUUUGAAUAGUAGUACUUAUAGAAGCUACUUCGACGAUAAGUAUAGUAGUAGAGAGUUUCUCCCUUCACCUUCAACUGAUAGAUAUGGCUCUACAAGCAGCCUUGAAAGUAUGCAGUUUAUUGAUAGACAGCAGCAACAGCAAAUGAGACCUAUUGACAGUCCUCGUAGGUUUAGUCACGGAGGGAUGAGAAGACCUCCUCUCCAUCCUGAGUUUUACACACAGCCUCCAGCUCAAAAUCAUUCUACUACUACUCCUCCUCCCUUACAGUUUCAUCCUCAAGGAUCAGUAUCGACACCAUUCCAAUCCUAUAGCAGUAGAAUCUCUCACAGAAAAAACAGUAUACCACCAGACCUUGUCCAAUUAAAGACGGAUGUGAAUAACUUGAUUGAUGACUUGAUACAAUCUCAACAACAACUUAAAAUAGACGAUAUGAGCAAUUAUUACAAUAGCACUUAUGAGAAUGUUCGUGGACUGAGAAGUCAUAUUGUUUCUAAACUCGAUCAGUUUAUGGACGGUCUACCUCAUGAUAACCAACAACGCAAUGAAAACCAUUAA